GAAACUGGAGAGAAAAUGGUAUGCAAUGGAGUAUCUUGAAAAAAGGUUAUGGCUGGCUGCAACCCUGAGCAGCGGCACCCUCCCUGCACUGCAACACUUCUCUGCCGAUCUCCCGCUUGCUCUCCCAGGCGCAGGCAGCCGUGCGAUGCGAGGUCUCUCCGGCGCCUUCCCGUGCGCGCGUCCCACCGCCAGGCGGCUCUGCUCCGGCGCCUCGCCGAGGCUCCGCUCUUCCCUCUUCCCGUCUCCGCCGGGCGCCUCGGCGGCGGUGGGCAGAGCUUCCUGGAGCAGCCGCAGCGAGAUCCGGUCAGCAGCGUCUAUGGAGAUGGAGAGCUGGGGCUCCCGGGCGCCGGGGCUGCAGCCCGCCUAGGCGGAGGGAGGCCGGCCGAGUCCCCGGGAGGAGCGCGCACCGGAGAGGCCGCUUGCGCAGCGCUGGCGGGAUUCUCCCGCGGCAGUUCCUCCCUUUUCUUUUCUUUUCCCUUCCUCUCCCCUCCUUGCAAAAGGCGACGGAGCCCCGCAGGUACUGGCCCCAAGCCUAGUUUAAUGCGUCUGCAGCAGGAGAGAGAGCCAGCCUGCAAAAGGCGAUCGUCCCGGGUAUGUGAGGCUGGAGAAACGGAUUUGGAGGAUGGGGGGAAGAGCAGGCGGCCGGAGGAAAAGUUUGCGCGCCUGUCAUGUAGGGAAACACGGGCGCGAUUCCUUUCUAAAAUCAUGUGAAGGGUUCUUUCCCCCUUGUGGCCUUCCAGAAAAUGAUAAGUUUGGUGCAGUGAAAUAAGGUGGGUGGGGGGAAAGGAAAUGUAAAAGAUGCUGAGUUUAGAAUAUUUGGAGAGGGCUGAGUAUGCGGGUUGGGGCUGAAAGCAAAACCCUGUUAGUGUUCCGUUUUUAGAACAAAAAAUGGUUGCAGUAGUAAAGGGGGGGGGGGGAUUAUAGCGUUGCAAGGGUCUUCUGGUCCAAUCUGCUGCAAGGCAUGAAUCACAACUAAAGGAAUCCCUGGCGGGUGGCUGUCGGAGCCAAGCCACCCCUUCUGACAUCCCCCUUUUCUCCCUAACAGAUUUUGGCAAAAUGAUGUGUGUGUUUGUCUUUGGAACAUUUCCUCCUCCUGGGGGAAGAGAGAUGGUUGCCGCGGAGCCAGUACAGGUAGAGAAUGGAAUUGGGGUGUGUGUGUGGUGGGACACAAUAGCACUUUUGUAGUUUAAAAAUAUAAAAAAGAAAGAUCCAACACACCUUUUAUUUUCUGUUUCUUACAGGCACCGCCAUUCUCCUUCGAAGAAGUGGCCGUGUAUUUCACAGAAGAGGAAUGGGCUCUCCUGGACGCAGAGCAAAGGGACCUUUACUGGGAUGUCAUGCAAGAGAAUUAUGAGAAUGUGGCAUCCUUGGGUAAGGAACUGCAGUUGCACCAGGAAGUGCUCCUUAUUGGGCUAUUUUUGGGGGGAAGGCUUCUCCCUUAGUUUAUUAUUGUACUUCAGCAGACCUUGGGUUUCUCCCAAGUGUGUAAUCACUCCUCCCUCUUAAUUCUUCAUAGCCCCAUUUUGGUUCUAAUCCAUAGCUGUCAGCGUUUUCCUUUUUUUAAGGGAAAUUCCCUUAUUCCGAAUAGGAUUCCUCGUAAGAAAAGGGAAAAGUUGACAGCUAUGUUCUAAUCUUACAUUGCUCCGGCAUAGUGUAAGAGAGCUCCUCCUCUGUUCUUAGCCGAGUGUCCCAUUAGCUCAGCGUACACUUUGCACAUGGAAGGUUCCCGCUUUAUUUCUGCUUGCGUCAAGGACACCUCCGUCUUGAGACCUUGCAAUGUCACACCCUUGGCAAGAACAUGGGUUACAUCUAAUUCAAUCCUAAAUCUUCAAUGCUCACAGCCCUGGUUCAUCAGAAAGGUUCUUUCCCCUCCCCCCCAACUCCCCAUGCAGUGCUGGUUACGGUUUCCAAUCUUGCUUUUUCAAAAUACAAACGUUUCGAAAUAAUUUUCAUAAAUGCCAGAAGAAGCGUUGGGUCUGUAAUCCUGUGUCAGGCUGCAGCUAGCAGAGGAGUGGGGAGACUUGACCUUGAUUAAAUGCUCCUCCAUGCAGUUAAAAACAAAUAGCUAGUACAUUAAAGAGAAGGGUCUGAGUCUCUGAUUCUCCCCAGUAUUUUUGUUGCUAGUCUGGUGCAACCAAACCGCAUUUCCAUCAGGCAUUCAGGUACUUUUGUUUGUUUGUUUGUAAAAAAAGAGUGCCUUGGCACAGCUAGCCAGAGUUGGCAUUGCAACCAGCUGAGACCCUUUGAUCCAGCCUUGCUCUUCUGCGUCAUGUUCUUAUUAGUGUUUUCCUGCAGUAAAAACUGAGCAAAACUCGUCAAACGAAACAAAAUGUGCCAGUAUUCCUAGUGGUUGCAACCUGACAUCCAUUUAAUGGGAGCUUUUAAUUUCCUCCUCCCCCUUUUUUUGUUUUUGGACGAUGGAGCCGUUCCAAUUCCUAAACCCGAGUUGAUCUCCCGGCUGGAACGAGGGCAAGAGCCAUGGAUCUCCAACCCCCAGGCUGCGGAGGACAAAAAGGUUCCCAUCGGCUCCUGCCAAGGUGAGAGGGGAGGUUCCCAGCGGCAUUGCAAAUGGGUGCCCUUUCCAUGAGGAGGGCCUUGUCUUUGGGUGCUUCCAGCUGAAAUAUGACAAUGCGGGUGACAAAUAGUAUUUCCUUCAUGGAACACCGGGAGCAUAACGCCUCUCUGCCUGUCUCAGUCCUGGUAUUGUUACCAAAAUGGUGGGGUAUUGGAUUCAGGUAGGCAGUGAUGUCGGGAAUAAGUAUGUCAAGGUAAAAAAACUGUUUAGGGAUAGGGCAUGAGUGGAUGAAGCCCACACUAGAGGGAACAGAUUGUUGGAAGCAUGUGGGAGCAUGUAGUUCUGCCCUCAUUGUGCUGGAACUACUACUGCUAUGAGUAGUAGCAGUAGCAAUAGUAGCAUAUUACUACUACCAGUAGUAUAAAAUUUAGGCACCUGCCUUGAAGAGUGCCUAACUACCACUGGAACUACGACUACUAAUAUUACAGUGGUACCUUGGUUUUCGAACGUAAUCCGUUCCAGAAGACCAUUCGACUUCCGAAACGUUUGACAACCGAGGCUCAAUGGACGGUCUGCAGAAUCCAUUGAGAAAAUGGAGAAAUGCGCCUCAGAAGCCGUUUGACUUCUGAGGCAUGUUCGAAAACAGAAGCAAUUACUUCCGAGUUUUCAGUGUUCGAAAGCCAAGAAAUUCUGCUUCCUAGAUGCUCGAAAACCGAGGUUCCACUUUAGCAUUAUUAUUAUUACUACUAGUAGUAUUAUUAUUAUAAAAAGUAGGCUCCUACUCUAAAAGAGUAGUUCUGCUUUAAUUGUGCUGGAACGUCUACUAUGUGUAUUAGUAGUAGUAACAAUAGUAGUAUAAAAUGUAGGCCCCUCUCUUGAGUAGUUUUGCUUUCAUUAUGUUGGAACCACUGUUACUACAAAUAUUAGUAGUAUUAGUAAUGAUAAUAGUAAUAGUAAUAUAUUGCCAGUAGUAGUGUAAAAUGUAUAGUUAUGGCCUCUUUAUGCUGGUAGUACUAAUUCCAGUAGUAGCCGUAGUAGUACUAAGUUAGUACUUGUAGGAGGAUAAAACAGGUCCCUGCCUGGGGUUGGUUACAACCUUCAAAAAAGGGGUCCUGACAGGGCCAGCCAAACACAUUUUGCUGCCUGAGGCAAAAAUAGCAAUUUUCUUCCCAGCUACCAUUGGACAAGGUGUGUGGCUGGUCAAGCCAUAUAUUGGCAGCUAAAGCAGAAAACCCCGCAAGUGCCCCUUCUUCUGCUUUACAAUAUUAACUUUGUCAGGACACCCAAAAUCAGCUGCCUGGGUGACUGCCUCACUCUCCCUAAUGGGUGGGCCGGUUUUGGGAGUUUGGGGAAUAGAAGUGUAUGUGCAUGCCUUGGGUUGUUGUUGUUUUUUUAUGGCCCCACUCCCCAAAACAGCAGGCUUGUUGGUAGUUUCGCCUUACAGUUUCCUGGGGGGGGGGGGAGCCACCUUCACAAAAAGGGGUGGAAAAACACAACUGGGCCUCUGAGGCUUCCAGUUGAUGCCACCCAAAGCGUGCCUAGAAUGGUUAUUUCAGGGUGCCCAGAGCAACUUGGGGGAAACUAUACAAAAGGCUUCUCUCUGAAUACCAGUGUGAUUUAUAAUGGAUGCAAUUGGAAAAGCGGUUCUGGCAUCAAUUUUCAUGCAAAUGACAAUAGGGCAGUAGGUGAAAAGCAGACCCCAUUGAAAUGCAUGAGCUGCCCCAGCAGACUCCUCAGUUGGGGAUUAUGCAAAUCGGGAAGAGGUGGAGUUGCACUGAUUUGCAUGCCAGGCACAAUUCCUUCAUGUUUCCUUAAGAAGGACUGAGGGUAGGUUUUAUACAUUGCCUGAAAUUUAGAAUUUUGCAUACAUAUAUUAAUGCAUAGAGAGGCAGUGUGGUGUAGGGGAUAGAGCAGGAUUUCUCAGACUUCUGCUAGCAAUGGGACAUUACACACACACACACACAACUGGAGGCACGUUUCAUUCUGGCAACUGAAAAGCGGUAUUUCUACAGCUUGAAAGAAAAAACAUCAGAGCAAGGACUCAUUCAGAGAUACAACACCUUCCUCUGUCCUGGGAAUGACAGCAUGUCCCCUCACACAUAUUCCCUCUCCAUGUGCAACCUGAACGUAGGUAUGCAAAAGAAUUCCAUUUACACUAAUUAGGAGACCCUUCCAGAAAUUAUUGCUCAUUCAGAGAUGCAACAGCCAACCUCCUUUUAAGGUGCUGUGUCUCUGCACCGGCACAGCAAAAUGCUCUCUUCAUCCCUGAUGCUGAGAAAUCAAGUUGCACGCUUAAAGAGGCCAAUUAAAAAGGAAGCAAGUGCCGAGAAAGGACUCAUUUAGAGACGCAACAGGUUACCCCUUUGAGAGUGGGUAAUCGUGCUGUCUUUGUAUAUCAGGAGUGCUUGAAAUGUCUGAUGAAUGAAUAUAGCAGAACUGCUCACAGCACUGAGGGUAGUUAGGAAGUGGGCAAGUCCAGAGAGGGAUAGCUCAGUUGGUAGAGCAUGAGACUCUUAAUCUCAGGGUUAUGGGUUCGAGCCCCACAUUAAUAAUAAUAAUAAUAAUAAUAACAACAACAACAACAACAACAAUUUAUUAUUUAUACCCCGCCCAUCUGGCUGGGUCUCCCCAGCCACCCUGGAUGGCUUCCAACAAAGUAUUAAAAUACAGUGGUCUGUUAAACAUUAAAAGUUCCCAAUACAGAGUUGCCUUCAGAUGUCUUCUAAAAGUCUGGUAGUUGUUUUCCUCUUUGACAUCUGCUGGGAGGGCGUUCCACAGGGCAGGUGCCACUACAGAGAAGGCCCUCUGCCUGGUUCCCUGUAACUUGGCUUCCUGCAGUGAAGGAACUGCCAGAAGGCCCUCGGCGCUGGACCUCAGUGUCUGGGCAGAACGAUGGGCGUAGAGACGCUCCUUCAGGUGCAUUGGGCGAAAGAUUCCUGCAUUGCAGUGGCUGGGAUGAGAUGAUCCUCGUGGUGCUUCUAUGAUCCUGUCAGUCAGACAGAGACUUACUUUUCCAGCCUUAGCCUUGCAUUCUUCCUUCAGACUACUUUCCUCUCUCCCUCUCAGGGAAUGACGUUUAUUUGAAUUCUCCCUCCAUCCCGGCGAGCGAGGUGAUCGUGCGGGAGAUCAAAGAAGAGGUUCCCGAACGAGAAAUCUUGGACCGAGCGGAGCCCCAGUGGACUUUGUUGGGCUCUCCUCCGGGGCUCGACCCCCUGAACUCGGAGAGCCGCUGCGGGCUGCAGAGGCCGUGGGAGAUGCCUCCGGGGACAGUGUGGCGGGAGCCGUCGCGGCACCUGCGGGCGGCGAGUUCGAAGCGCAGCAUGUUCCACGUGGGGCGCAAGAAGCUGAUGUGCCCCGAAUGCGACCGGUGGUUCCACUGCAAGUCCGAGUUCCUGCUGCACUGGAGGACCCACACGGGCGAGAAGCCCUACGAAUGCCUGGCGUGCGGCAAGCGCUUUAUCCAGAGCUCCCACCUCAGCGCCCACCGGCGCAUCCACACGGGGGAGAAGCCCUACGAGUGCCCCAAGUGCGGGCGCAGCUUCAACCGCCGCUCCACCCUCACUGAGCACCUGCGCAUCCACACCGGGGAGAAGCCUUACAAGUGCCUGCAGUGCGGCGAGAGCUUCCGAUGGAGGCCGUACCUCACCAAGCACCAGAGGGUUCACGUGGGCGGCGCCGUCUACAAAGGCCUGAGUGACGGGGAAGCCAUGUUUGAGAGCCCGCCCCCGGAGGAGCAGCAGGGAGGCCACCCGGGUGAGCGCUGUUUUUGUCCCGCAAAUAUUUCAAAUUAGAAUAUAGCGUUGUCUAGCCCCAUGCGUUGACAGAACAGCGGCAGAUUUGUUUCCCUUAUUCGUUUUGCUGGGUCGGAUUCUGCAGCUGAGAUUCCUACGUUGCAGGGAGUUUGGGCUAGAUCAUGGGUAGGCAAACUAAGGCCCGGGGGCCGGAUGUGGCUCAAUCGCCUUCUCAAUCCGGCCUGCGGACGGCCCGGGAAUCAUUGUGCUUUUACAUGAGUGGUAAAGGUAAAGGCAAAGGUACCCCUGACUGUAAGGUCCAGUCGUGGACAACUUUGGGGUUGUGGCACUCAUCUCGCUCUAUAGGCCGAGGGAGCCGGCAUUUGUCCGCAGACAGCUUCCAGGUCAUGUGGCCAGCAUGACUAAGCCGCUUCUGGUGAACCAGAGCAGCACACGGAAAUGCUGUUUACCUUCCCGCUGGAGUGGUACCUAUUUAUCUACUUGCACUUUGACGUGCUUUCAAACUUCUAGGUGGGCAGGAGCUGGGACCGAACAACAGGAGCUCACCCCGUUGCGGGGAUUCGAACUGCCGACCUUCUGAUCGGCAAGCCCUAGGCUCUGUGGUUUAGACUACAGUGCCACCCGCAUCCCACAUGAGUAGAAUGUGUGCUUUUACUUAAAAUAUAUCUCUGGGUUAUUUGUGGGGCAUAGGAAUCCGUUCAUUUCCCCCCCAAAAAUAUAGUCCAGCCCCCGCACAAGGUCUGAGGGACAGUGGACCGGCCCCCUGCUGAAAAAGUUUUCUGACCCCUGGGCUAGAUGAUCCUUGGGGCCGCUUCUAACACUACGGUUCAGCGAUUCUGUGAGUGCGAGUGAUUAAACGGCCAGCAGCAGCAGAGUGCGCCCAGCAAUGCGUCGUGUCAUUUGCCAAUUUGGGAUCUUAAAAAUUAUAGGAGGGUGUGUUUUUUGUGCAGAAAGGCGAUAGUGGAAGGUGGUAACUGAUGGGCUACCAAGCGGCUAUGGCAGUAUGAUAAUACAUUCUUCUAAUUGAUUGAAAUUGCAAUGAGAAAAAGGAUUGACCCAAAAUACAUACUUCCUUUCCUGGAAGAAGGUGUGUGUGUGUGUGUGUGUGUGUGUGUGUGUGUGCUUGCCUAGGUAAACCUCUGACUUUGCAUGUGCUGGGAGGGCACCUGUAGUACAAUUCAAAGGUAAGAGUUGCAGUCAAAUGCUCUGUUGUUCAGCAUGCUGGAAGGUUGUUUUUUGGUUUUGGUUUUGUUUGCUCUUUCCAGUCGGGAAUGUAAUUCCUGAAAAAAUAGGCAGUCCCAGGGACCAUUUCUGCGUGCUCCCUGCCCACUCUUGAGCAGAAUUGAUGUAUGCAAAUUAAAACAUUUGUGCAAAUGUCAUGCAUUGAUGGGUUCUGAUAAAUGUGCUGGAUUAGAUUCAUCUUGGACUCAAGCUCUCUUUUGAAUAAGCAGAAACGGUCCUGAGUUCAUUCACCGAGAUUGUGCUGCCCAUCCAAAUUGCUGAAUCCUGCAGUGUUAAGAAAGGAACAAUAGAGAAAGAUGGUGUAGACUCCGAACUUUUUAUUGCUUAGAAUAUUUAUAAACUUUCUCUUCUCUCCAAAGGACUUUCAGACAGAUUACAUUCUGUGAAUCAGUUCUAACAAUAGGGCAUCCUUCCAAUGUCCUGAUCAUGGGUGCUAUUAACUUUGUAACUCAAACAGUGUAAGAACACGAUAAGAAGACCCGCAAGCUGGAGGUUCUCCACCUCUGCUCUAGAUAGACCAAUAUGUAGGGUUUGCAGAAAUUGGUUCUUCUAACCUGCCUGCAUCCAUGGUUUUUAAGACUAUAAAUGGGCAGGCUAGGGGUGGGUCUACAUGGGGGGAGGGGAGAGUUGGACCCUGCUAUAAAUAAAUCAGAAAUUAAAUUGUUAGAACAAAAGGGGGGGGAAAUGCUAUGGAAGAAUCACAAAGAAAUUUGUUUUGCAUUUUAGUGCCAUCUGGUGUUUCAUAUUUAUAACACAUUCAAAUAGCUUUUUCUUUACUAAUGUAGCUGAGUCCUAGGACAAUGUGGGGGCGGGGAGUGUCUUUUCAGGACUUUAGCAGUAGUAGUAGUAGUACUAUUACUACCACUACUACAAUUUUGUUUUAUUUAUAUGCCACCCAUCUGCCUGGGUUGCCCCAGACACAAUGGGCAGCUUCCAGCAAAAUAUAAAAACACAAUGAAACAUCAGACAUCAAGAACUUCCCUAUACGGGGCUGCCUACAGAUGACUCUGAAAGUCAGAGUUGUUUAUUUCCUUGACAUCUGAUGGGAAGCGCCACUACCGAGAAGGCCCUCUGCCUGGUUCCCUGUAAUCUCACUUCUUGCAGUGAGGGAACCAGCAGAAGGCACUCGGAGCUGGACCUUAGUGUCCAGGCUGAACGAUGGGGGUGAACCAAUAUGCUCCUUUAAGUAUACAGGGGGGAUACGGAUGGCGCUGUGGGUUAAACCACAGAACCUAGGACUUGCCGGUCAGAAGCUCAGCGGUUCGAAUCCCCGUGACAGGGUGAGCUCCCGUUGCUCGGUCCCUGCUCCUGCCAACCUAGCAGUUCGAAAGCACAUCAAAGUGCAAGUAGAUAAAUAGGUACUGCUCCAGCGGGAAGGUAAAUGGCGUUUCCGUGUGCUGCUCUGGUUCGCCAGAAGCGGCUUAGUCAUGCCGGCCACAUGACCUGGAAGCUGUACGCCGGCUCCCUCGGCCAAUAAAGCGAGAUGAGCACCGCAACCCCAGAGUCAUCCGCAACUGGACUGGACUGGUCAGGGGUCCCUUUACCUUUAAGUAUACAGGGCUGAGGCCGUUUAAGGCUUUAAAGUUCAACACAAACACUUUGAAAAUAUGGAAACAUACGUGGGAUUCUAUUUCUCUGACUUGCCUUUUCCUCUGCCCUCCAGAAGAUGAUGCCGUGGGGAGUGCAAAUGUGGAGGCCUUUCCCCAGCACGCUGCCUCUGAGGAGGGGGCAGAACAGCAUGGAGGGGCCGGCCUUAACCCGGAAGUGGAAGGCCAGCCACCCGAGAGGCCUAUAAAGACUGAAGUGGAAGGGAACGACGUCACGGACGUCAGCCAGAUCAAGAUCGUUCAGGUGGAGAAGAAGCAUGUUUGCCACGAGUGUGGCAAGGCCUUCCAGUACAAGUUUGAGCUGGUGAAGCACCACCGGACGCACACGGGGGAGAAGCCCUUCGAAUGCCUGGCGUGCGGCAAGAGGUUCUUCCAGAGCACCCACCUCAACGCCCACCUGCGCAUCCACACGGGGGAGAAGCCCUACGAGUGCCCCAAGUGCGGGCGCAGCUUCAACCGCCGCUCCACCCUCACGGAGCACCUGCGCAUCCACACCGGGGAGAAGCCUUACAAGUGCCUGCAGUGCGGCGAGAGCUUCCGAUGGAGGCCGUACCUCACCAAGCACCAGAGGGUCCACUCGGGGGACAACGCCUACAAGUAUUUUGAUGGCGGGGAGAGCCUCUACGACAGCUCGGCCUUCUCUGAGCACCAGGAGGAGAUCCACCCAGGUGCGGAAGCCGGUGCCGUGAAGAGGAGAGGCCUCUGCUGGAUCAGGCCAAAGUCCCGUCCUGGCUCCGUACUCUCUCCUCGCCAAUUUAGUUCAUCUUCUUUUAUUUAAAUGUUCGGGAGUCUGCCUCUUCAUCAGAUGUGUAACAUAGCAGCAGGCAACGUUAUAUGGCAAUAAUAAUGUCAACCAGAGGAUUGAUAGCUCAUGUGGUAGAGCAUGAGACUCUUAAUCUCAGGGUCAAGCCCCACAUUGGACAAAAGGUUCCUGUAUUGAAGUGGAGGGGGGACUAGAUCAGUGUUUCUCAACCGGAGGCCAUAUGACCCCCCUGGGGGCCCCCAGGAUGUUCCAAGGGGGCCACAGGUGAAAAAUGCAUAAAUGGGGGGAGGACACAGCUAGAGGCUAGGGGGCCAUAGAGGGAAGUGAGAAGUGAAGGGGGGGGUAUAUAAAUAUACAGUGGUAACUCAGGUUACAGACAUUUCAGGUUACAGACACUUCAGGUUACAGACUCCGCUAACCCAGAAAUAGUACCUUGGAUUAAGAACUUUGCUUCAGGAUGAGAACAAAAAUCAUGCGGUGGCGCAACAGCAGCAGCGGGAGGCCCCAUUAGCUAAAGUGGUACCUCAGGUUCAGAACAGUUUCAGGUUAAGCACAGACCUCCAGAAUGAAUUAAGUUCAUAACCCGAGGUACCACUCUUCUCUCUCUCUCUCUCUCUCUCUCUCUCUCUAUAUAUAUAUAUAUUAUAUAUCCUGAUUGGCUGGCUAUCCACUUGGCCAAUCCCAAGCGGAUAAGGGGGUGCCCACCAGGGCCUGGUGCUCCUUUUUGCCAUGUGUGUUUUCUUGGAGUUGUCCUGGUUUUUUUCCCAGCGGGAGAGGGCAAUCGCUGAGGCUCCCGUUUUGGCCAGUGGAGCUCGUGAUCCAGAACCCCCUGGUCAGGUAAGUGCAGUGGUGGGGUGGCAAUGGGUAGGGCUGGGCGAGCCGGAACUGCUUGUUGUUGCUGCUGCUGCUGCUGCUGGGCCUGGUGGCACCCUGGGCCUGACUCUGCAAUCCGAGGUGGCAGCCUGGGCCUGACACUUCAGGGUGCAAUCCAGCGCCUAGUGGAUCAGGGCCUUUGGAUGUUGCCAAGGGGCGCAGGGCCUGUCAGCAGCGUUGGCCUGUCUCUGCAAGGUGCAGGGUGAAAUCCACCCCAGCCAAGUGGAAUCGUCUGAUGCUGCUGACUUGCAUCUAGGAAAUAACUGUCUACUCAGAAGAAAGCCGCACUGCGUUUAGAGGGCCUUGCUACUAGGUAAGGGUGGGGGGGGGAUAUAGUGUUUUACCUAGACAGCCAAGGUUCCUCCAGAGGAAAACAGCUUUUUGCACAAGGUCAGUUAGGACCACUUGUUUUUUAAAAUUCCCCCAUAUAUACAGAACUCCUUGUGUGCCUUUUGUAAGUUUCCCCUCUGUGCCAAAUAAUGGGAGUCAAAUAAGUGAUGUUUACAGUACGUGGAAGAUGGAUCUCCCUCAGGAGGUUCUGGACCCUUUCUCCUUGCAAGUUUCUAAGCAGAAGUCAGAUGGCCAUCUGUCAUGGAUGCUUUAACUGAGAUUCCUACAUUGCAGGGAGUUGCACUAGAAAGAUGACUCUUGGGGUCCCUUCCAGCUCUAUGAUUAUAUUUUUUUCUGCUUCAGCAAUAUUUCAUUAUGUUCCCAUCAUUUUAUGUAAUUGUAUUUUGUAUAAAUUAAAAAAUAUACAAAUAAAACAUGUUCUGUUUACAAACAAACAUUUAAAUAGCUACCUUUUUACUAGUAGGAGAGGGGCCAUGGGCAUAGCCAGGAUUUUUUUUAGGGGGAGGCAGAAUCUCAUAUAUGUAUUGAUUUCUACUUAUUGCGGGGGGGGGGGGGGCAGCUGCCCCACAACCCCCGGCUGUGCCCAAGGGGGACCACAGGAAGGAACCAAGACAAGAGGGGGGCCAUGUUCAGAAAAAGGUUGAGAAACACUGACUUAGGUGACCCUCGUGGUCCUUUCCAGCUCUACGGUUCUGUGAUUCUAUGCUCAGCUUUUGGGUAAAAAAGGGAAAUUGUCAAUAUUUAUUUACGUAUUUAUUAACUGACAAAAGAAAAUCUUUGAUAAAAACUAAGUAAAGCCUAUCUUUAAGUGUGUGUGUGCGUGUGUGUGUGUGUGUGUAUUAUAAACUUCUGGUGUCUAGGGGAAGCCCUCAUGGUUUCAGCUGUAGUGAAAAAUGCUGGAUCAAACCACAGUUCUCACAGUGAUGAAUCGGAUACUUAUGGGAAGCCUGAGAGCGAUUCCUAGGAACUGCCUUCAACAUGGGGUACAGAACAUCCCCGUUGAUAGCCUCCUUCUCCAUGAAUUUGCCCAGUCCUCUUUUAAAGCUGGUAGCUAUCACUACCUCUUGUGGGAGCGAAUUCAUACGUUUAAUAAUAAUAAUAAUAAUAAUAAUAAUAAUAAUAAUAAUAUGGUGAUGGUGAUGAUGAUGAUGAUGCCACCCAUCUGACUGAGAUUUAACUACGUGCUGCUGUGUGGAAGAAGUACUUUAGUUUGUCUUUCCCAAAUCAAACACUUCUCUCUCUCUGUGCUUCCAGAGGGUUCCUCAUUCCCUGUUUCCAGUCUCAUUCCAACUGAGCUACAACUGAAGUUUCACGAGCCUAAUUCCUUCCUGUUCUCAUGUAACUGCUCUCUCAUUUUUUCUCCUCCCAACUAGAAUAUUUGGUUUCUGCGCCCGACUCCAUCUCCCGCAUGGCACCUCGGGGAGAGCCGUGGGUGCAAGGCCCCCAGCGCUCUGAGGGGAGGCAGAGUCACAGAAACGGCUCCGAAGGCGAUGGGGUGGCGGAGCCAUUGCGAGGGCAGUCCGAGGGGGAGGGCGAAGGCGUGGACUCUCCGAGGAGCCUCGCUGCCCCUCACGACAGGGCAGGAGCCAGCGACUCGUGUAGGUUUGCUCUCUGCUCCCUCAGAUUUGCCUAGUUCCCUUUGCCUACUGUCUUUUCUGAUACCCUUCUAAGUGUAUUGUGUUUUAGGGGGGAUUAUCAGUUUGUUUUGUUCUUAUUUUUAUUAUGUAUUUUGUGAAGGUUUUUACAUUGUAUUUUAUGUUGUGAACUGCCCUGAGAUCUACGGAUGAAAGGCAGUGUAAGAAAGAAAGAAAGAAAGAAAGAAAGAAAGAAAGAAAGAAAGAAAGAAAGAAAGAAAGAAAGAAAGUCAUACCUUGGGUUACAGAUCCUUCAGGUUGUGUUUAUUUUGGGUUACAGACCCGCCAAAACCUGGAAGUACCGGAACGGGUUACUUCCGGGUUUUGGCGGUCGCACAUUCGCAGAACUGCUAAUGCGUGCUUUGCGCAUGCGCAUAAGCGCUGAAUCGCAACUCGUUCGUGCGCAGACACGCCGCUGCGGGUUGUGAAUGCUGUUGGUUGCGAAUGUGAAUCCUGCAUGGAUCACGUUCGCAACCCGAGCAUCCACUGUAUUAUUAUUAUUAUUAUUAUUAUUUAUCGUGCCACUUCAAAUGCAAAGUAGUAGUAGUAGUAGUAGUAGUAGUAGUAAUAGUAAUAGUAAUAGUAGUAGUAGUUGUUGUUACUCUAGGCCCCAUUCCCACCCUGUAUUUGAAGUGCCAUGAUACCACUUUAAACAGUCAUGGCUUCCCUCAGAGAAUUCUGGGAGCUGUAGUUGGUUAUGGAUACUGGGCCCAACAGUUCCCAGAUUUCCCUGUGAAGAAGAAGAAGAAGAGUUUGGAUUUGAUAUCCCGCUUUAUCACUACCCGAAGGAGUCUCAAAGCGGCUAACAUUCUCCUUUCCCUUCCUCCCCCACAACAAACACUCUGUGAGGUGAGUGGGGCUGAGAGACUUCAGAGAAGUGUGACUGGCCCAAGGUCACCCAGCAACUGGGUGGAGCGGAUGGAGAGGAGCGGAGACGCGAACCCGGUUCCCCAGAUUACGAGUCCACCGCUCUUAACCACUACACCACACUGGCUCUCUGUGAAGAGAGGUGGAUUGUUGGGGGUUUUUUUGAAAUCGUUUUUAUUUGAUUUUACAAGUGUAAAGUUAUAACAAUACCAAACACAUAUCCGUUUAAAGAGAUUUAUCUGAAUUGCAAGACUUCCCACCCCACCCCCCCGGUUCCUAUAAUCAACAUUUUCAACUGCAUAUAAUCCAUAUUUUGUAUCUGUCCGUAUUAUCCAUAGUGUUUCUUACGUUACAAGUGUUGUUAGAAUCCUGCUAAAGUUUUCAUCUGCUUACAGUGGUCUAAGAGAGAUGGAUUGUUAAAUCCCUCUGGGAAUUGUAGCCCUGUGAGGGGUGAAUGGUGGGGUGGGUGUGUCUCCUAACAACUCUCAGCAUAAUUCUUUGGGGGAAGCCAUGACGGUUUAACUUGGUCUCAUGGCGCUUUACAGGUGUGGUGUGAAAGUCACCUUAGACUGGAGCCUGGGGUUUAACAUGAGUGAGAGCUCUCUCACAUGAUACCCAGCUGCCUUCCAAUAAAACAAGGGUGGGACACCUGAUCCAUCCUGAGGGCUGCAUUCCCUUCCGGGCAGCCUCCUGAGGGCCGCAUGCUAAAAGUAGGCCAGGCCAGAGGCAAAAGUGGGUAGAUUUUUCCUCUGUACAUUAGGCUAGCACAGUACAAUUUUACCUUUGCACACCCCUCAGGCAAGCAAAGAGGCAUUAUGAGGGUUCAGGGAUACAAUCCAGACAGGCAAAAAUACUCGGGGGGGGGGAGUGAGGGGUGUAGCCUGGAGAGAGGGGUGUGGCAUGGGCCACAUAGUGAGGUUUAGUGGGCCAGAGUUGGCCCCACCCCUGAGGUCCCCCCUUCCCCUGCUAUAAAAUUACAGCAGGAGAGAGGAACCUCCAGCCCAUGGGUUUAAUUCGGCCCUACAGGCAGUGCUAUUUUUCGGAGGGGGGGUGGAAAGCCGAUAACUCGCCCUCCUUCUCUCAGAAUGGGCAAGUUCCGGCUGAAAAGAAGCCCUGCCCUCAGGACUUUCCAUUUGACCCACCAGGCCGCUUUGGCCAAGCGACACCCAACCUGCCCUAUACCUGGCAUGUAAAAAUGUGGCUGGGCAGAAAGGGGGGUGUGCAGGCAACCCUAGUCAGCCUCCCUGCUCUUCACAACAACCCUGCAAGGUAGGUUGGUAUCUUUCCAAAGGUCGCACAGUGAACUCCGUGGCUGAAUGGGGACCCAGGUCCUGGUCCAGCACUCUGACCACUGUACCUCUUGUCUGUGGGGAUUGGUCUGUUCGAGACUUCUCUGCCGAAUGCUACUGUUACUACUAAUAUUAAUAACUGUCGUUAUUUUUGCAAGGCGAUAGCAUGACAACUGAACACCCAGAGGAGGAGACCCAGCAAAGAGGCCUUGAGCUAGAAGUCAACGAUGUGUCGCCAGACAGAUCCGAAGGAAACGUUUCCCUGAAGUCUCGAGCCGUCUCUGAUAGUAGUGGCCAUGGGUCUUUGGAACAGCUAACAGCAGAGUGGGAUGAAUCUGGUCAGUAUGGAAAAGGCCUCCUGAGCAAUUUGGCCUUGUCAAGUUUCUAGCCCUUAAGCUUACAAAAAAGAGAGAGAGGUUUGUAGGUCCACCGUGUUGUAGCUCCUUUGGGCAUGCUGGCUGGGGAGGGAUUUGGGGUACGUUUGGCCUCAAGAAGAGAAGACCGAGAGGUGAGGUGAUCGCCAUCUUCAGAUGUAUGACUCGGCUGUCACAUUGGAGACAGAGCAAGCUUUUCCCCCUGCUACUCUAGACUGGUGGAACCUAAACCAAUGGAUUAAAAUUCCAAGAAAGAAAAUUCUGACUAAACAUUAGGAAGAACUUUCUGAUGGCCAUGUUAUCAAGGAUCCUUUAGGGGGUUGGGCUAGAUGAUCCUUGGAAUCCCUUCCAGCUAAAUGAUUCUUUGAUUCUAAGCAGGAAUAUCUCCCAACCCUCUCUGAAGGUGCUGGAGAUUGAUCUUGGAUGCUCUAUCACAUUCUAGCUGGCACUGGUGGGAGAUGAAUUCUAAUAGCAUCUGUAGGGCCACAGGCUCCUCUUAUCCCUUCUGUAGAUCAACAGUCCAAAAGCAGAUUGCAGGUUUCCAGGUUCCACAGAACACCCAUUGAGGCAGCACUGAAAGAAACUUCUCUCUUUGAUAGUACAAGUCCAGGGAAAGAUAACCUGCCCUUUCUUAUCCCGUCAUAGUUCUGUUUUCUUUCUUUCUUUCUUUGUUUUCUCCACAGAUAGUUUAAAAUAAAAUCCUUCCAACCCCCGGCCUCAUCCUUGAAUGAUGAAACUGUCGGAAUGCGGAAAGAGCCUGCAUUUGUCGACUGGUGGGAUCUUCAAGUAAACUGUUCUGCCAGCAGCAAAAAGAGACACCCGGAGUUUAGUGCAUCUUGCAAACAAUUUCUUUUGGAAAGACUUGAAGACACAGCAGCGUUCUUAACUCCGCCCCCCCCCCCGCUCCCUCCUCCAGUGUUAACCAGACACUUGCAUAGCCAACAUGUACGGAUUGCGGGGAAGGGUGGGGUUCUUUAACUGAAAUAUUAACAUUUGUCUUUUAUUUUAUUUUGUAUGGGUUAAUUCAUGCGCAUGUUUUAUGUUGUCACCCAGGAAUACGCUAAUGUUAUGAUCUGCGAUCUAGGGAAGGUCGUCAUUAUGUUCCCACAAGAGAGGUCAGUGAUUUAGAUUUCACAAGUGUGAACAUUUUUAAGGCUGAGAUUAUAUGCAUUUCACAAUUGCACUUGCACAAGGACACAAGUUGGUGCCAGGGCACCGAGUUCCGGCAUUCCUGAGAAACGGGGGCUUUUCAGGUUUCUAGCCCUUAAGCCUGUAAGGAUGGAGUUUUUGAAUCUGAAAAUCUAGAGCACUGAAUAGAGUUGCGAGCGGUUAGGAGGCAGGGUUUCGGUGUCCUGUAAAACUAAUGGCGUAAGCAGAAACAAUUAUGCAAAAGAGGCAAAUAUGUAUAUAUAAAUAUGCAAAUGACUUUUCAUUUGCAUGCCGUGUCCAGGUCAAAGAAUUUAGCUACUUUUGCUGCAGAACAUUGAUUUAAUUAAGGGCAAAAAAUAUACAUCCUGACUAUGGGAAGCCAGUCAAGGUCAUAAAGUCUUGUUCCAAGUCUGUGACAGAUUUGUCACAUCAUCUUUUCCCCCUCCUUUUUUGCAGACACAGUCUCACAGUCACAUUUCACAGUAAACUCAUGUGUCAUGUGACUUUUCUCUUUUUGAGUGUGGAAUUGUCAACAUUUCUUUUGUGUGGAUGUGCUCCCCCAUGUGUCCGGAACUGAGAAUCCCUACUCGCUGGAGGACCAUUGGUUUUCAAUAAUUUCUCUGCAGAGUGGACAUUCUCUGAUGCCACCUCACGGCACAUACUAGAAGAAAUGUUUGCCAACAAGAAUUGAUCACUUUGUGGUGAAUUUACCCUCUCAAAAGUGAAUGAGCAGGCGUGAGUAUCGGGCCCAGGGUACUUUGCAGCAGCAGACAAAGUGUAAUUAUUAUUAUUUUUAAUUGGGGGGAAAACCCUAACAAUGAAUAAUAAACUCAGCGACAGUUAUGAGGGGCUAACAUUUUAUUGAUUUUUGUUUUUUAUUGUUAGCUGUGUGUAUGCUUUAGAACUGGUUUAUAAAUAAGUCAGGACUAUAUUCAACUACGGUAAGUCCUGCCCAGAGAAGACCCACUGAAAUUAAUUCAUCUAAGUCAUGUCUGUUGACUUCAGUGGGUCCUACUCAGAUUAGCAUUGAGGCCACCCUUAAUGUGUGGCUUCCUGCAUUUCUAAGCUGGCCCACAAAAAAUGCUGCCUUUUCAGAGUCUGUGGUCUGGAUCCUGCAUUAACUUGGAAUUGAUGAGAGACUUUUUGCAGCAGGAUUGUCAGUUGGUACAGUUCUGCAGUUCUGGAUCCCAGCCUUUGCACUGUAAAGAGUUACAUAUAUUCUUUUAUUAUUGUUGCUAUUAAUUCCUUUUUAACGAUGCCCUCUUCGUUUUGGAAGACUGACUUCGCCCUGCCUGCCCAGAUCUGACAGUUUUUGGUGUUCAAAACAGCACAGGGAGGUGACCAGUUGCUUAAUUUUAAUUUUAAACUGUAGGGCAAUUUUCCAUACAGAGUGCUCCAUUUUUUUAUUAUUUAAAAAACAGUAAUAGAAUAGAAGGGUAAAAUGCAGGAUAGAAUCAUGAGAGGCAUGGCAUUAGAAGCAGCUUGAGAGAUACCUCUUUGAUUCUCAGGGAGCUGCUCCAUAGCAAUUCAUCUCUCUUCCCAGGGAACUGUGUCUGUAUGAGGAGUCUCCUUAACAACUCUCAGCACCCUUAAGAAACUACAGUUCCCAGUAUUCUUUGUGGGGUGGAAACCACGACUGCAUAAAGUAGUGUGGUGCUGUCUUAAAUUUAUAAAUGGAGCAUUAUUUAAUUGGCAGCCAUGCAGACCACCAGCCAUGGGGUUCAAUACCCUCCUUGUUUGAUUUCAGAAGCAGGCCACAGUAGUAGUAGUAAUUUUUAUUAUUAUUUAUACCCCACCCAUCUGACUGGGUUGCCUUGGCCACUCUGGGCAGCUUCCAACAGAAUAUAAAAGCACAAGUGAUGUCAUUGGUCUGGUUAGCUCAGUAUUGUCUAUUCUGAUUGGCUGCAGCUCUCCAAUGUUUCUAAUUGGGGGGGAUUUCUUCAAAAUUGCAUUCUAAUAUUAUUUUUAACUUUUCGACAUACCAGGGAGUGAAACUGGGACCUUCUGCAUGCAAAGGAAGCUCUCUACCACUGAGGGUACUAGCAGUUGCGUGCAGCCUUGAUGCACAAGUGUGAAACUGUUUUGUUUCCAGCGGGGACCUAAAUGCACUAAUCUUUUUUCUUCUUCUCUGGAUCGUAUACACAAAGCUGCUGCUUUUCACUUUUCAAGCUUAAAAAGAUUCCUCAGUACAUCAAGAGGAUUUUAUUUUAAAAAUUGGGAAAGGGGUUGGCAUGUACGGGAAAAACUGUACCGGAACAACUCAUCAUUUGAAAAACACAGCUGACCUUCAAAAUGUAGCAAUAAGGCGUGCAGCCUAGGAACACUGGGCCCAAUUUAUACAGGCAUCGUCUCACUUUAGUCCCAUCGAGAUCACCUUUUCUUCAAGUUAGAUAUGAAUAACUUCAGCCCCGUUGAUUUCAAUAGAAGUUAACUAUACACAUCUACUCAGAAGUAUGGCCCAUAGUUUUCAAAGUGUGUUUAACCACAGCACUCACCUGUGUUUUCAAGCUGACAGGAGCGGCAUUCAUUUGACAAUGUGAUAAUCAGAUUUUCUUUUUCUUUGCAUAACUCCGUUUUACUUCUGCUUUAAUAAUAAUAAAAAUGUUUCUACUUCCCUUUCCCCUGUUACUUACUUUUAAGGAAUAACAUGCAUAAAAAUUGAGAACGGUG